AUGGCGCAGAGUAGUGGCGUAGCGCCCGGGCAGGGCGAGUUAGCCACCCCGGAAAGGCGGCUGAAUUGCUUCGUGCGCUCCGUCGCGCUGAUUGAAAGGCUGGGCAACGCCCUCGGCACGCUGGCCUUCACCUGGGCAACCGUCGUCCUGCUGGGUGGCUACCCGACGGGGCUUCGUGGUCAAGAUGAUUUUUGGUUCGCCACCACCAUAUUUUUCCUCGAAGCUUUCAGGAUGUUCAGUCGCGACAACAGAACGGAUUACCGAUUGUUCUUUGGCACUAGAGGUGCUUUUAGACUUCUUGGCUGGCGGAGUUGGUUGUUUCUUAUAGUAUAUUUUAACGGUGUGAUGUUGUGCAUCCCUUUGCUCUCACCAGUAUUGUUCCCCUCACCAGUAUUGUUCCUCCCACUUCUGGGGAUACUAGUUGCCAUUGGCCAAUUUGUGUGUCCAGGAGCUCCAAAACUGCUAGCACGCAUCCCACUGUGGCUGCGGCGUGCGAUAGCAUUAUGGAGCCCCGUGGUCGCAAUCAGCUUACUGCUGGUCCCCUCUAUAGUACCACAACUACAAGCAUAUUAUUCUGGAAAUUACAUGAUCAGAUGUAUAGUGUACGCGGUGCUGCUUGCGGUGGUGCUCCUAGUGACAGUUAGCAGGAUGAGGUUCGCAGGUAUCAUCAGGCUAGUGAACAUUAUUCUGGGCAGGAAACAAGAGUUCUGGCAUCAUGUUGUUCUAAACUUGUGCAUGAUUGGUGCAAUUGUGGCAGCAUUUUCUUUCAACAGUGAUUAUUGGUAUUGGUCGGUGGCACUUAUAAUGAUCCCAGUGGAAACCAUAGUUUUAGCUUCAUUUGGCAACUUUCAGAUUCCUGCGGCGGUUCUCCGAGUGGUGCUUCCUCUUAUACGUUUUAAAUCCAUAUCAAGUGACUACGACGCUACACCAAGCCCUGCACCAUCACCGGCUUCGGCACCGGCACCAAGUGGUGAUGUAUACAAUCCUAGUAUAAUAAACCUCGCACCAUCUUUAUACAUCUUCUAUGGGAUGGUACUAGGCCAAGGAGCAUUGUAUCUCAUGGCAUGCGUGGUUGAGAUCUUCUCAUUCAUCCCUCGAAGAUUUCUCAUCCGCCAUGGGGGAUUCAAAGGUCAGUGGGGUGUGGAAUCUGUUGAUUUGUACUACUCAUAUGCCUUGGAGAAAUGCAUGGAAAGGAAUGUACUUGCUCCAAAGAUCAGCCUCUGCAACUUUGCCAUCGAUUAUCUAAACUCAGACUCAACCAAGAGGCAGUUCCAUGGGAUCCGGACUGCACACACCAUUCUACAGAGGGAUCCAACAAGGACACGGCUCCUUGUGAAGCUCAAAGCAUCAACCGAGACGAUGACCAGACUACUGAGAAUGUUGCACUGGACAGGACAAGAGAAUCAAACUACUAUUAGAUUGUGUGCGGCGAAGGUGAUUGAUGAGCUUGCGAAAAGCCUCCUAGUCGUCAAUAGCCCUGGGAUAGUUCAGAAUGUGUCUCUACUUUUGGAUUGGGGUAACCAACGUAAAAGAGUAAACCCACUUCUGGACGACACAGAUGAGGAAGAAGAACAACAAAAGGAUUUAUUUGUAAAUGUCACUGGUAACCGAACAGAAAGGGGAGAUGCAGUUGGAGACAGUGGUUACCUGCUCGAAACACAAGAGAGCUCAACCCAGCAAAUUGGUACUAGUAACAAAAAGAACUCCUGGAUAACCAGACAGUGGCGACAGGUUUCUGAAUUCUGGUCAAUUCCCCAGGAAGGACCACUGACAGAGCAGGAUCUUCUCCCAGUAAUUGGUAUGUCGAUUAUUGAAAGCUUAGCUACUUAUGAUCAAAGCAACUGUGCAGAGAUCAGCAGCGCGGGCGAUCUCAUUCGGAAGAUCACAAGAUUCACAAGCUUUUGCAGAACUGACACCAACUAUACUGACGCUGAAAAGAAGGUCCUAGUUCACUCAUCAUUGAAGCUAUUCUACAGGCUCACAAGCAUCGAUGGGGAGAUCGGCAUAACACUGCGGCACAAGAUAUCAGAACAUCCCUUUCUCCUGAGAAAUCUCUCAGAGGUCCUGGGAGACAUUACAAGUAACUAUGAGACGAGGAAGGUGGCGUCAGGAAUUAUUAGAAACCUUGCUAUCGAUGCAAGCAUGAGACUGGCAAUUGGGCGUGUUCAAAAGAUCAUUACCAGAUUGAUGCAUGCGUUUCUCACUCCAGAUGAGCCCUCCAGUAGUACGGGUGCAAGUGUUUCUCACUCCAGAGAAGCCCUAAGGAAGGUCGCAGGACAAGCAUUAGCAAUGUUGGCAAUAGGCAAUGUCGGCAACUGCCUGGCUAUGCUAAGGCAAACAUGGUAUUCAUUCAUCGAGGAACUCACAACCAUGGUCCAUGUUGAAAGGUAUAGAUGUGUUGCAGCAAGUUUGUUGCGGAGUGUGUGCAUGCACGCUCGACCUGAGCUCAACGAGACGGACUUGAGGCAACUAUCUUACAUCUCACGGAUGGUGCUAGAAAGAAUACUCUGUGCAGAGGGUCAAGAACUAGAAAUAUUCAUCGGCCUUAGUUCACAUAUAUAUGAAGCCAUCCCUGAGGAGUUCGCCCGAGAUUUUGAGUGUGGUCAUAUUAAGGAAAGAUUUGUGAAGCGGCUUGUCGACGCGCUGAAUGCAAACAUGGAGCCCAUUGCUAAUUGCCCUGGGAUCAGGAGAGUGAUACUUGAACAAGCCAUAAGGUUGAUGAAGCAGGACCCUAGUAAUGUAAAUUGUUUCCGCAAUCUCCGCAUGAUAGAGGUACUAUCGAGGGUGGAGGAGACCAUCUCAGAGGCGGAGAACUACACAAUCUUCAUGGGUGAUGUUGGGCUAAUGGAGGCAGGUGAACCUUUAUCCUCGCUUGUGGUGAGGGCUAAACAGCUACUGGACGUCCGUUGA